UCACAGUACGUCUUCUCUGUUUACAGAUCUUGUAUCGGUAAUUGUCACUUCUUUUUGAAAGUUUAACGUCCGUCUACGUCAAAAAUUAAAACCUGUGUUGUUUUAGUUUCUACAGGUUUUUUCGAUCGCCAUAAAUCAAAAGGUGUGGGAAAAGUAUAUGAAAAAUUCCGUCAAAAGUUGUUUAUACAGCAGUUCCAUCGUUAAUACAUAGAUGGUCAGAAUGUUGCUGCAUAUAUUUUUCAACUCGGAACAUGAAAAUUUGCGCAAGUCCAUCACGAAGAACAGGUGAAACACAUACCAUCCAACAUGAACGAAUAAUACAUACACGCACAGCGGCAGAGUGUUGGACGAAGAAGGGGCAAUAGAGCAUGAAUCGGUGAAGGCAACAACGGCAACGACUCUUUCCAGGCACACGAUGUCUGGUGCUAGAGAAUGGCCGCACGUUGUCCUCCUCGGGAACCAUCAACUGUGAAAUCGAUAGGCAAACAGUGAACUCGUGGUGCUUCUCGUGCGUGCUUCCGGUAUUGAUAAAACAGUGACAAUUCGGAUUUGCAGUGGCACAGUGUGGCUUUGGCACGCCUAAAAUGUGACUGAAUUUAAAUGUAACUGGGAUUACACUCGUGCUGAAAUGAUGAUGAUGAUGAUGGAUUAUGGUUCUCAGUAUGCUUCCUCCACUAUGUCUUCCGAGACAUUGUCAGGAAGCUAUGGGAGUCGAACCAAUCGAAUUCGUACCGUGCGACUGGUACGUCCGCCACACGGGACCCUGCCGCCCCCAAAUGCCACCUACCGACACGGACCCAGUUUGGGCUUCAGCGUCAGAGGAGGCAGAGAACACGGGACUGGUUUUUUCGUGUCGCAUGUGGAGCAAGGUUCAGAAGCGUAUCGACAAGGAUUGAAGGUUGGAGACCAAAUUAUUCGAGUCAAUGGCUUCACCGUCGAGGACGCCGUCCACAAAGAAGUCCUUCAGCUGAUCUCCAACCAUACGCAUCUAACCUUGAAAGUGAGAAGUGUAGGCAUGAUUCCAGUUAAAGACAAGAGAACAGAUACUCUUAGUUGGCAAAUCAUUACCGAUAAUUCAUCUUUGAGGUCGUCGCCGCCGCUUAGCGAAAAAAUGCAGGACAUGCGAGUCAAUAUCAUGGUGGCACCUCGCUCAAAGUUAGGGUGUGGCAUCUGCAAAGGCCCCGAAUGGAAACCCGGCAUCUUCGUUCAGUUCACAAAAGAAGGAGGAAUAGCGCGCGAGGCUGGCCUUCGACCCGGCGAUCAAAUCCUAUUCUGCAACAACGUGGACUUCAGUGACAUCCCAUUCGGCGAGGCCGUAAAUCUAAUGAAAACCUCACGACAACUCGAUUUAAUAGUUCGUAAAUCUGCCGGUUCGGAGCUUUUUCCUGGCGAGUCGAGCGGUUACAAUAGUUCAGCGAGUUCAGUAACUGGAGACCAGAGUCCUUCGUGGUCGGACUCGAAACGUCUGUCGAUUGUCAAAGAGGAGAGCUUGGACCUGGAAGAUCGGCUGGAUCGGUUGAAAUGGGAGAAGAGCGCCUGGGACGACGACCAGAAAGACGAAAAGAAGCAAUACUUCAAACCCACGAUUAUUAAUCUGUCCGAGAGCGGAACGACCAUCAAGAAUAACGGGACGGAGGAAGAGUUCCAAGGCAUUCAAGGCUCCAGUGGCAUGGAUUUGGGACAGGAGGAGAAGACGAUCAUGAUCGAAGUGCAUAGGACUAGCGACGAAAAGAAACUUACAAAUUCGUUGGUCAAAAGUUCGUCGACCUGCAGUUUCUCAAGUCUGGCCAGCAGAAGCAGCGCAACAUCGAGCAGUUUGUCUAGCGCGAUAUGUCAGGAACUUCAGAGGAGAUCGGAGAAAAAACAAAGCGAACAAAACGGACCCACCAUCGACGAACAACUCCAAAUGAAGAAGAUUCUCAAAAAUGUUACGUCUGAGAAGCAACAUCAGCAUAACCAGCUUAUGGACGAGUUCAAGAAAGCGCACCAGAAGAUGUUCAAACCGGCGGAUAAUGCACCAAUGGAAGCUACGUCUGCUGUGGGAAAAGACAUUUUGGAUCGUAUCGCCGGUAAGGAAUUGUCGCAGAAACUGUCCGAACGAUUAUCGAAUCUGUCCGCUCAAGAAAAAUUCCAGGACUGCUUGACAAGUCGGAACUCUGGGCCGCCGCCACCGCCACCCCCGCCCCCGAAUUCCGACUUGGAUGGUCUUCCUGUACUAAAAUCGACAAAGAAGGGAAAAGCACCCCCAGUUCCUAUCAAAACAUCGACUUUGUCGUACCAUCAACCGCCUCCAUGCCCCACUCCCGAUUACGACACGCUCAGCAUUACAUCAACGACGUCAUCACUACCAAAGCAAAACGGUUGCAAACCUAGUCAAAACGAUGCAGUCGAAAUGGAAUCGUUAGAAUCUUUCAAACUAAACCAACCUGGAGGAGUGAAACCGAAACCGCCAGAUACCUAUUUCAGGCUAUCACCCAUCGGUACCACGAACAGUUCUAGUUUGAGAAAGCGACCCGUCAGUAUCACAAUCGGGGAGUACCCUUCCGAAACCAUGAGGAGGACGCCCGGCCGCCUGGAUUUUCUCCAGAACUGUACCAUCGACGAGACCAAGUCCAAAGGUCCGAUCUCCAACCAACUGGCAUCAGAACUGGCUCAAACUCUGAAUCGCUCGAAUCUUAAGAAAAGGACUGAGUCAAUGGAGAAUUUUUUAAAUCAAAUAAAGCCUCAAAAUAAUGGAUCCGUGCGUAUCUCAUUUAAUGAUAGUCUUGCCAAAAACUUUGCGAAAUCUACCAACGACUUGACCGACUUGGAGAGUUUUUCGAAAGCUCUUGCCAACCGCGUCACGAUUAACGUUAAUUCCGGGGAAAAGAAGACGGAUACACCCAGUGGAAUUUUAAAAAAUGGCACGCAUAAACCUUUGGUGCAACAAAAAAGUAUUACGUUUGGAGAAAUGCCAACGGUCAUCAAUGAUCAACCCCUUCCAGUGGCUUAGCCAUAGCGACGAGGGUGUCUUUGGAGGAGUGCAAUUGUCGAUCCAAGUGCAAAUAUUUAAUCUGUCUCAUAUUUAAUCUUGUGUAUCGCAGAAAAAUCGUGACGAGUAUAUUGUGAUAAGCACUUAAAAUAUUUAGAAUUAAAAUGGUCGCUAUGUAGGUAAUGUAUUUUUUUUAUAAUAAUAAUAUAUAAAUCAAAUCAUA